CUGGGGUGAAAAAGAAAACAAAAAGCAACUGCGCCCGGGUCGCCUGGCACUCCACGGAGCAACGCCUGGAGCAGUGUCAAUACAUGCAUCGUACAGCACAGUGAUUGCUCGUACUCACCACCACAGCCAGCAAUAUGUCUGGCAAUACGCUUCCUCGCCGCUCCAUCGCUCCUCCCACAGGUCCGCUCCCCUCUUUGCCAGUGCCGAAACAACGCUCGUCAAACGCCAGCCCCGCCAGUCUUCGAACACCCUCCAGCGGCCUUCCCAGUCCGUCAAACCGCGCCGUCUCGUAUUCCAAUUCGCCUUACCGUCCAGGCGCAGCAAAACACAUCACCUCCCCUUCCGUCCCGACAAUAGCAGCCGAACAUGCGGCAGGAGGGCCAGCACCUGGAAAGUCGUUGCGCAAGGUUGUCAGCAUCGGCGCGUUUCCGCAGCCACCCAAACAUGGCUUGCGAACCCCAAGCAGUCCGCUGGCGUCCAGUGCUUCCAUCAACGGCGACUCGGUAGAUCAGCGGUUAUCGACAGGCUCCAAAGCCUCGAUACCGUCAAGGAAAAGCAGUCUCAAGAAACCUAGAGCGUCAAAUAUUGGUGGAGGCAGGGGUCUGCUAUCAAAGUCACCACUGUCACCCCCGAGCUUCCUCAACGGCAACGGCAGCGCAGAGUCGGUCGCAGUAGACACCAGCCAUCUCAGCCUACCAUCUCCACCACAGAGCCGCAACUCCUCGCCUCACAGAUCGCGGUCAACGAGCGCAACUACCAUCGAAGAAGGCGACGACGAAGCAAGAGGGCGCAAAAACAACAAGACAGAUGGUGAAUCGACCAACAAGGGCAACGUUGUUGUCAGUGUGCGUGUGCGGCCAGAUGUAGGGCCAAAAGAUGGCCAGCAAGACCGAGAUUGGGAUGUCAACGGCAAGCGUCAUAUGGUCACAUACCACGGUCGUGACGGGGGUGGAGAUUACAUCUACGACAAUGUUUUUGACACCCAAGACAACAACGCUCGCGUAUACGAUGCUACGGCAAAACGACUGGUCCGAAGAGUGAUGGAAGGUUACCACGGAACCGUAUUCGCUUAUGGUAUGACCGGAACAGGAAAGACCUUCUCCAUGCAAGGAACAGCAACAAGUCCCGGUGUUAUCCCACUGGCGAUUACUGACAUCUUCUCGUACAUCCGCGAAACGCCAUAUCGAGAGUUCCUUCUACGUGUCAGCUAUCUCGAGAUUUACAAUGAGAAGAUAAAUGAUCUGCUAGCAGGACCUGUCAUUGGCAUGGGAGGCCAGCCCGGCCCACAAGAGGAGAUCAAGCUACGCGAGGACAGUAAGCGAGGUGUCUACGCAACGCCUCUGAAGGAAGAGAUCGUCCAGAGUCCAACACAACUCCUGCGAGUCAUCUCGCGAGGUGAUCAGGCGCGAAGGGUCGCCGGCACUCAGUUCAACUCUCGAAGUUCUCGCAGUCACGCCGUUGUGCAGAUUGUUGUGGAAAGCAGAGAACGCGCGCCCGGCCCUAGCCUAGCUGGUGAUAAACGAUCAGCCAUUAUACCCGGUGGUGUUCGUGUAUCGACACUCAGUUUGAUCGAUUUAGCCGGAUCGGAAAAGGCAGCCGAUGACAAGGAAAGACGAACCGAGGGAUCUCACAUUAACAAGAGUUUGCUCACUCUAGGAGCUGUUGUUGGUGGACUGGCGGGCAACAAGACGGGUAAAGACGGAAAGAAGGACAACCAUCUGCCGUACCGAGACAGUAAACUUACCCGUCUCUUACAGGGUGCUCUGUCAGGUAACUCGUUGGUCAGCAUUCUUUGCACAAUCCAGAUCGGCGCCAGCGGUAGCGUUGCAGCAUCGUCCAACCAUGCCAAUGAGACGUUGAACACCCUGAAGUUCGCGUCCCGGGCCAAGAAUAACAUCGUCAGCCAUGCAAAGAAAGCAGACGAUUCAUUGGGCGCAGGUGGAGAUGCAGGAAGCCGAGCACUGCUGGACCGUUACCGCCUUGAGAUCCAGGACCUUAAGAGGCAACUAGAAGAGGGCAAGAAAAAGGAGGACAAAGACGAAGAGGAAGAUGAGUUUAGACGAGACAGAGAGGAAGAGAGGGCGCGUGAGCAGCAAGACAAGCAGCGACACGAAGAGCAGAUGCUGGAAAUGCAGCUUGCUCGCACUGCCCUUAAGGAGCGUAUUGAGCACCUCAAUCGGUUGAUCUUGAGUUCGAAGUCACUCGGCGUCAACAACGGCAGGGCAUACUCAUCGAUGAGCCUCCAGCGUGCUUCUACGUUCAGUCAUGUCAGCGACUUCCGACCCAUGUCCGUACGAUCCUCUGCGAGUCACGCCACCCUCGAAGUGCCGCGCGCCUCGAUCCAGUCAUUCCCUUCGCCUGUAGAAGGGUCGGAGGAAGAUGACUCGGUUGGCGAGAAUGGGGACGGUCUUGCAAGUCAGGGUGUUCAAAUCCAGGCGUUGCAGGCUGAUCUUGCAGAUAGAAACCGCUACAUUGCCACUUUGGAGAAGCGACUCCUGCAGGCACGGAGGUCGAGCCACUCUCGCCUUUCCAUGUCGAUCAACUCAAGGCACGGAGAUAGCGAGGAUGGUGGUCUACUCGCUACCAUUGCUGAAAGGGAUUCCGAAAUCUCGACUCUGCGGGCACAGCUCGAAGACAAAGAGCGAAUGAUAACUGCGCUAACAGCAGCGCGAAAGAGGAAUGAUACUGCACACGACGUUGGUAGCGAUGGCUCACCAGGAAGCCGACGAACUUCCUCCUACCAGCGCAGCGAGGGCAGCAGCGUUAACAUACUACAUGCCAAGGGCCCAACAUCACCCACUAGUCCUAACAGUGCACCAUUCCUCCCUCCCGCACCCACAAACCCAGGAAAGAACAUCGAGGAAAUGACUCGUAUGCUAGACGAGAUGAUCACAGGCAGAGUCGAUAGGGCUGCAAGGCGCAGUAGCCUCAUGCCCGCCACAGAGGUCCGACGGCCUUGAACGCAUGCAAGGGCGCUUGAGACGCACAACUAUCAUACGACACUCGCAAACCGAGGAUUGCGAAUGCACA